CACUUAAAGGUAAUCCAUCUGCACAACACACAUCCAACUUCAAUGCUCCUCUACCCACGUUCGAGUCGUCUUCAUCCACACCCUUCACACUUUCGUAGUACUCCGCCUAAACCCGAGUGCACUUCGGCAAUCUUCGCCCGUCGUUCGAUAAGUUCCGUCAGCGCUUCGGCUGCGCUGCUGAAGCUGGUCGUGCUUGUUGUUGUCCUCGGUGACGCGGCGGAGGUGUAGCCUGACGCGGCCUCUUACGUGUCGGCCUGAAUAAAAAGUGGAGCUCCGAGGGCUCGGGAGUGACGGAAGGAGUCUGUAAUUGCUAACUCGAUGACCAUGGAGUCGGGAGCCGAGGCCCAGCAGGGUGCAGACACAGCUGUGGCUGAAACCGAGAGCCAGCAGAUCACUCAGGCCCAGAUCGCCACUCUCACCCAGGUGACCGUUGGUGCAGGUCAUGCCACCGCUACCGGGCCCACAGUCACUCUUGUGCAGCUGCCCAAUGGCCAGACGGUCCAGGUUCACGGAGUGAUCCAGGCAGCCCAGCCCUCCGUCAUCCAGUCACCGCAGGUGCAGACAGUGCAGAUCUCUACAGUAGCGGAGAGUGAGGACUCGCAGGAAUCUGUGGACAGUGUGACCGACUCUCAGAAACGCAGAGAGAUCCUCUCCAGGCGCCCUUCUUACAGGAAGAUUCUGAACGACUUGUCAUCAGAUGCUCCAGGAGUGCCGCGAAUCGAAGAGGAAAAAUCGGAGGAAGACGCUGCACCUGCCAUCACUACAGUUACUGUGCCAACACCAAUUUACCAGACAAGCAGUGGCCAGUACAUCGCCAUCACGCAGGGCGGAGCCAUCCAGCUGGCCAAUAACGGCACAGAUGGCAUUCAGGGCUUGCAGACUCUCACCAUGACCAACGCGGCAGCCGCCCAGCCGGGCACCACCAUCCUGCAGUAUGCCCAGACCAGUGACGGUCAGCAGAUCCUGGUGCCCAGCAAUCAGGUGGUGGUGCAAGCUGCUUCAGGGGACGUUCAGGCGUACCAGAUCCGCACAGCACCGGCGAGCACCAUCGCCCCGGGAGUGGUCAUGGCCUCGUCACCUGCCCUGCCCAGUCAAGGGGGCGCAGAGGAGGCCACACGCAAAAGGGAAGUGCGGCUCAUGAAGAACAGGGAGGCUGCGCGCGAGUGCCGUCGGAAGAAGAAGGAAUACGUCAAGUGUCUGGAGAACCGCGUGGCCGUUUUGGAGAACCAGAACAAAACACUCAUUGAGGAACUGAAAGCUCUAAAAGACCUGUACUGCCAUAAAUCUGAGUAACGUCCUCGUCCACGUCUGUCCUCCGUCUCGGUGGGCUCGAGUGUACCUGUACGGAGACUGUGUGUGAGCUCACCCCCGGACCGGAACGCAUGUUUUCUAAAUGUACUUUUUUUUUAAACACUUCAGACUGCCUGAACGAACACGAGAAACAUGCAGGGACUUGCACCCCCAUGGCCAAAAUCUCAUCAGCACCAAUGGAUCACGUCAUUACCGAGAAAUUGGCGGACGGCAUUAUAAGACUUACGAUGGAUGACUCUUCAACUCCAGACCCCUUUUUAACUCAACAGGUUUGCUGGGGGAAAAAAAAAACACAUACUGGUUAUUGCUGUUGUUAUCAUGUUGGUUUAGAAACGACAGAGAAGAGAAAAUCAAAUAUAUAUUUUAAGAGCAGCUCGGUUCUGCUGUUUAACUCUGUCAGAAUGUCUCUGCAAGUCAAAGAGUCAGCCAGAAUCAUAUUAUCUUUAAACGGAUGUAGAGAAAAAACAAGUUUUUUUUUCCUGAAGUGUCAGAUUUUGACCUAUAUUUGUCUGACUGUUACUAACAUUUGGUGUCAAAUGUUUGCAUUUUUUUUAAACUCACGUUUAUACCAUGAAAAAUAUUGUUAAAUUUACUUUUGAUGCCUUUUAAAAGAUAUAAAUGUAUGAAAGUAGAUGUAGAGAAUAUAAGGCAUUUAUAAAUUAAUUAUCUAUAGGAAAUUAUUCUAGCCAUGUACAUUUUUGCAUUUGACUAAUGACUGCAUUUUGUUCUUGGGGCAUAACCUUGGUGUCCAGCCAGCAGUGGUCAUCUGGAUCUGUCGCCAUUGAUCUGGCAUGACCCCUCGUUUUGCAAAUGGACGUUCCAGUACGAGUUACUUCGCUUUCCAUGCACACUUAAGAAUUUUCUUGUCUAGAAUAUGGCUCUGCGUACUGGUUGGCUGAGUGGAGGUGCUAAACUGGAGGUGGGAUUGUUCAGUUAAAGCAGGGGUGGGGAACUCCAGCCCUGGAGGGCCGGAUUCCUGCACAGUUUGGUGACUUUCCAGCUCAAGCACACCUGAUUCAGCAGUUAAUUACCAGGUAUGGUUGGUGUGCUAGAGCAGGGAAUCUGCUGAACUGUGCUGGCCCUCAGUUCCCCACCCCUGCAUUAAAGGCCUUUAUACAACGAGCGGGAUUUUAUGUGCAAUUUAUCCAUAAAUUGAUGAUAUCUAGCAGACCGAACGCAAUUUUUAAAAAAAAAAAGGGUUUUUUUUGUAAUUUGCCCUCAGUUUGAUUGUUGCAAACUGUCACAGGCGGCGUAAACUCACUCAACUAGUCACUUUUGUCUCUGGUGUUGUCAUGGCAAUGCCCAAGCUGACUGAUUGGUGUUCCAACAACUAAACUUUUUACUUUGACAAACGUCAGUUCUUUCACAGGCGGAGCUGCAUCUCCAAAAACGGCAACGUCUCCGUUGUAUACGAAUGUUUACGCGCUGCUGAUCCAAUGAAGUUUUGUUGAUCUUCUAAGUGAAAAUAAGUGAACACAUCCUCUUCAGAGAACACACUUCAGCACACUUUAAUGCACAAUCACUGAGUGUGUUUACAUGCACUUAAUGAUCCGAUAACUGCAGAAAAUCAGAUUUUGUCAGUAAUCAGAUCAACGUUUAUAUGCACUUAAGUAAUCAGAUAAUGGGGAAACUCCGGGUCUACGUGAGUCAGGCGGUAAUCAGAUUCCAAACGUGACAUAAAACACAAACUUCUUGCCGCAGCUUUUUUCGCUCCACUUUUCCUGAAAAUAUGAACCUUCAUCAUCUAGAAGAUGAAGAAUAUUUAAAUCUUUAAAUAUUAAAAUGUAGUCAGUUUCAGCUUUGCUCCAAAAGUGUUUUGCUGUGUCUCGCAGCGACGCUGCUCGCUUAUUUCCGGUACCGCUGUCUGUUUUCGCUCAUGUGCAGACUGAGAAGUCUGAAAGAAAUCAGAGUAAGAGUUACAUGCCUGAGAAAUCUGAUCACUGAGCUAAAAUCGAGCCUCUUUAUCAGAUUUCCUAAUCGGAUUUCCAGACUUUACUCUGAUCUAAGACAUCUGCUGUUUACAUGUCCAUUUGAAUAAUCAGAUAACUGCAGAAAUCUGAUUAUGAUCGGAUUAUUGAAGCAUGCAGACACACUCAAUGUUUAUUUGCUAAAUUGAACAUAUUGAGAGAAAACGUAAAAUGUGGCCUGUGCAAAAGUUAUGGCACCUUUUCUGUUACAUGUUUCAUUUUUAUUUUACAGUAUUUUAAAUUAAGCACGCAAGUAGAAAUUGUGCACUGAAAUUGGCAUUAGACAUUCUUUGUUCUGUUCCCAAAUAUUUUGCAUAUUGUUUGUCAUUUCGCGUCUCGUUCGUUGUUUAGCAGGUGGGGAACCAAUCUCAUUCCCUUCCACUCAGUUCCACAAAGAAAGCAGAUUUUUGCGGAACUCAUCAAGGCUGUAAAACUGGCUCGAGCUGCUCUUGUUGCCACAGCGUUUCCCAUCCUUGCACAACCGAAACCUUUGCGAUGGGCUCAAAUUCAUUUGGGCAUUCGGUUUCCAAAUGUCAUUAAAGCAGUGAUUCAAACUGAUACGAUUAAACAUGAUCAAAGACUUCUUAUUUCACUGGUUUGAAUUCUUCUGAUGUUUCUUUUUUUCAGAUUUGUCCUCAGAUCUGUUGAGCUAUUCGUGAAUUUUUUUUCUUUAGCUUCUUCUUAAGCACCUGAAAGGCAUCCUGUAUAACAAGUAUUAAUAUCUCUUUGGCAUUAUGGCAUGUUUAAACUUAUGUUUUUGUAUAUCAUUUUUAACUUUGAUAUCUAUGGUUAUUUUUUUGCAUUAUGUCACAAUGGAUAUGGAUUCGAUGUCUUUGUAUUUGAUGCAUCAACACGUAAAUAGAGGGUACAAGUAUAUGUCGUUAGUCUACCAUGACUGUUGCAUUUUUGGCAGCUAUUUCAUAAAAAAGACGUGUGUGGAAA